AUGGCUCUCAUAUCCUUCACCACAAUCAUCACCUCCAUCUCCCUCCUCCACCUCACCCUCGCCUACUUCUUCCUCGUGCAGCCCAAAACGAUUGAGGACCAGGCACUGGUCUUUGUUCUCGGCGAAAGCAUGAACAUGCCCGCCGUCCGUGGCUUCGACAUUCCAAGCCCAGCCCUAGCCCUCGUCGCCGUCGUCCUUGGCUUCUCCGGAAUCAGCGACCUUGUCUCACUCUCAAUGCCCGAAGACUUCAGCGCUUUAUACUACUGGGGCACCCAGGCUCCUCUACGCUUCUUCCUCUCCAUGCUCCUCGUCUUCUACUCCUACACCUUCAGCCCUACCACGUCGAUAUUUUCGUCCUCGUCGUCUUCUUCGACAAGACGUCCAGGUGUCUCCCACAAGGGCUCCGGAUCGGGCACCGACCAUCUACACAACAGACUGCUCUUCACAUUCGCGUUUAUCGAAAUGAUGGCUUGGUUUUGGACCUGGAUUACCCUGCGGGAAGAGAGAGGGGCCAUUGUCGAAAAGAUGAGGAAGCAGCAUGAGAAGGAAGCGCACAGCCAUUAA